CGAUCAAGCUCCAUAGUACGACAGAGCUGCGUCUCAUACGCCGUCGCUAGCGCUCCUGCCUCUUUUCGAAUUCCUUGGCCCAGUUCACAGAUAUUAGAGUGCCGAAAUCAUGCGAUCGAAAUUAAAAAUUGCCCCCUUCUACAGAUACCUACUUACGCAAUCAAGUCGCCCUCUUUUAUUUAAAUUCUCCAGAUACGAAGAACUAUCAAAGCGCUACAAGGCCCUGCUCUCCGAGUACUCCUCCUGCUGCGAGACAGCGAACGCUAAGAACACGGAGGUAGCGCGUCUGCAGGCGCUUGCGAGCUCCACUCACGCGCAGCUCAUGGACGCGCACACGAUGCUGUUGGCUGUCGGGGAGAAAUACAUGGCGCUAAGGGAGCGGAAACUAGCCAUGAAACACGCAUACGCCAAGAAAGUUCACCAACUGAAGAGGGUUGUGAAAGAGUUGAUAGCAUCCGCAGACAAAGCAAGGCGGGAACUCGACUCAAGUCUCAAGAAAGCUAUGAAGACAGAACGGCAUGGUGCAGCUGCUAUGCUGCUUGUUGAGAUACAAAAAUGCAACAAUCUAUGCUUAGAAAAUCUUCGCUUGAAGGCUCAAGCUCAAGAACUGAUCCCACGAAAGGAGACUUUUUAUUAGAAUUUUAUUUAGUAGGCACUUAUUAUUUAUAAAUUAUAAUAUAAAUAUUACUAAGAAUUAAACAAGGUAAG